AUGGGGGUGACGUUUAAAUUAGAGACUCUGUUCAAAAGGUCAAUUAGUUACGUGACCAAAGAUGACUCCAAUUUGGGAGAUGAAAUUGGGAGUUUUGGUAGGAAGCACGAGUUUGCAGAUAUAACAUGGUACCCUGCUCAGCAAAAAGCUGUUUACAGAGUUGAUGACAGAGUUCCUUCCAACACUUUUGGCAAUGGUUUAUACGAUUUCAUUCCACUUCGUUCUGCCCCCUCUGAAGUAGUAGCACUCGGCAGGCUCACAGAGGAGAAUCAAGAAUCGUCAAAUGAUGAAGAUGGAAAAUGCAUUAGUGCGAAGCUUGUCACUGCUUUCCUUACUGAAAAUGCUUAUGGUUUAACAAACGAUGGUAUUUUGUUUACUGGGUAUCCAGUAAUUGGAUCUCAACACAAAGUCCAAGCAUCAGGAACAUGUUUAGAUAGUUUUGAAGAUGCAAAUAUGACAGCGUGUGCAUGGGACCCCAACAUUAAGGGUGAGUUUUUCUACCAAACCACAUUUAGUGUAGCCUUGUCCUUAGUCAAUAGCUUCAUUCAAGAUGUUCAAAAACUUGUCAAGUUAAAACCAAAGGCCUUAUGUGGCAUAGAACGCUACAAUGGAAUUCUCAUGCGUUAUGUCACGGCCUCAACUGCUUAUUUGGGUAAAGAUGGAGAUGCAAUUGAUUUUGAUAUCACUUAUUAUCGAAGCAAAGAUCCAUUGGUUCCAAGACUUUAUGAAGACAUACUUGAAGAAAUUGAGCAAUUGGCUGUGUUUAAAUAUGGAGCUUUGCCCCAUUGGGGGAAGAACAGGAACAUAGCUUUUGAAGGAGUUUUAAACAAGUACAAGAAUGGUCAAGAGUUUUUGAAGGUUAAAAAGGCUUAUGACCCUUUGGAAUUAUUCUCAAGUGAGUGGAGUGACCAAGUUUUGGGAAUUAAGGAUGGGUUAAGUAUAGUGAAGAAGGGUUGUGCAUUGGAAGGUUUGUGUAGGUGUACAGAGGACGCUCAUUGUGCCGCUAGUAAAGAUUAUUUCUGUCGACCAGGAAAAAUUUAUAGCGAUGCAAAGGUUUGCACUCGUUUGAAAUCCAACAAUAAUUUAUUUGAACAGAUCAUAGACUCUGUCAUCAAUGAGGUUUGAUGUUGUUUGGAGUUCUCAUCAUGUUCUUCAUCAGAUUAUUCAAUCCUUUUGAAUGAUUAAAUAAACUAAGAUUGUUAUCCUCAAACAGAAAAUUCAUUAUUUUGGAGUGUAUUGAUUGGUAUUAGCUAGCGUUUAUGGUUCGGAAUGAUCACUUUCACUCCCAUCAAAUUCUUGUGAUUAUCAUGGUUUUGUUGUUUCAUUUUGUUAUUAUCAUUGUAAAUGUAAUGUUAUUGGUUGGUGAGAAACUUGAAACUUUUAUCAUGAUUUAAUUUAAGAGAUUUUUAAAUUUAUUAAUUUCUUCAGUUUUUUUUUUUUUAAAAAAAAAAAAGUAUUAGUAUUAAGAGUAGGGAUGCACAUUUCCUCAUGAGAUGGACCUCACGGGAACCUGCCCUUAAUGAGGCGGGAUUUUCGUCUAAAUGGAGAACAUAGUAGUGUUAAACGGGGCAGGAACAAGGACGGGGAUCACACUCUCCGUCUUAACAGGACUCGUUUAGUAUUUUAUUUUAUAUUUAUUCUAAUUAUAAUUUAUAAUUUAUGUUUGUAUUUUUUAAGUAUAUUAGUAUCUUUUUUAUGACUUUUACGUUGUGUUUUGGAUAAUAAUUAGUUUAUUAAAUAAUAAUUAAUGUGUAAUAUUUUUAAUUUUUAUGUAGUUUAAUAUUUAAAUUUUUAUUAUAAAUUUAUUUUUUUAUUAGGAGAUUUUUCGCCCCGUCCAUGUCCCAUCCCCGCUCCCCGGUGGGGAAUAAGCGGGGAUGGUCGACUUCUACUUUUGUUGUUCUUAGCCACGAAAAUAACAAUUGAAUUGUCAUAGAACAUUCUUAAUGGCCUUGAUAUGGAAUCAACAACUAUAAGGCCUGAAAUGAAACUCUUUAGCCAUACACUAUGUGAUGUAGCCUCAAAACAAGAAACAAACUUCGCCUCCAUAGUAGAAGUAAUAACUAAGGUUUGUUUGUUGCUCCU